UAAUUGGAAGCAAUCGAUUGUUUUAAAUUGUGAUUACCAUCGCUACGACAUUUGAUUGCUAUUGCAAAUUUUAUUUUAGUGGUAAAAUUUAAUGCUGAAGUAACGUAUUGGAGUGGGAAAUAUUAUAAAGAAUUGCAGCUACGUAGACAACAAACUCAGCUUUUUAAUAUGUCGAAUCUGGAUAUAUACGACGACACGGAGAACCUUAUAAGCAGUGAUGAAUAUAGCGAAGAGGAUGAUGAUGAACUUAUGAAUGUCGCCAUAAGUUCGCAGCAAAAAACCAAGCGAGAAAGUUCUAAUCGGAUAUAUGAUAUGCCACCUUCCAUUCGAUCCUUAAGAAAAGAGCAGAGACUGCCGUUUAAAAGAAAACUGUGUAGCAAAUACAAAGCUAGAGCCUUGAAAUGGCUUAGUGGAAAAGCAAAACGGGAAAAGUGUAAGGAGUAUUUACUAUGUUUAAAAAGGAAAAACAUACCCAUCAUUGAAUCUCAUACGCGUGAAAGAGAAUAUAACUCGACUAAUAAUAAUAAGGAAGUUAAAUUGACAAAUAACUUAUCAGAAACUAUAGAUUUAGAUGAGUCGGAUGCAGAAGAUAUUUCUCCACACAAAAAUAAAGAGGAAAGAAAUAAAGAGCUCGGAGAUGAAAUCGGAGAAAUACCAAAAAAAGAUGUAGUUACAAAAUCGCAGUUUUUUGAAAAACCGGAAAAGGAGUUUGUAGAAAAACAAAACGAUUCAGAUGAAGUACAAACUCCUCUAAUGGAAAAUCCAACAAUACAGGAAUUGCCAGCGCAUACGCAGCAACAUACUACCAAAAAAAGAUCACGCUCUCCUUCGCCAAUAACAAAAAGCAAUUGUAAUGAAAAUAAAAAACAUCAACCAGAGCGGCCAACAUCCACACAAUUGUAUAGACAAAUCAAUGAGCUAUUUCCCAAAUACGAUGGGGUACUUGGAAACCAUGUGAAACACAAUGGUACUACAUUGGAUGCCAUCGAUGAAAAUAUGACACGUUUAAUGUUAGACAUACAAACUUUGAAUGAAAUACUUGAAGCAAAAGAGACAGAGUGGAAUCGGUUACAGAAUUUGAAAAAGGUUAAAGAAGAAAUUCUUACUCGAUUAGAACGAAAGAAGCAUAUACUGGGAAUAAAAGAGGGGAAAUAUGAAGAACACAAAUAUAAUUUACAAGCCUUGAAAGAGCUGGAGACGUAUUUCUCCAAGUCGCACCCGUCGACGUCAGUCAAUGUUGGUAUCUCAACUACACAUCAGCUCAUCGAAAAUCGUGCAAGCAUGAAAACAGAAGAGUUGCAAAGGGAGCGCAACAAUACAAAUCGCUUACAAAACAUUUUAAUUUCGAACAACAUUCUACAGCGUGCGGAAACAUCAAACUAUGAUAUUGAGAACACGAAAAAUUAUGUAUCGGCGAUACAUCAAACCGCUUUUAAUGAGGAUAGUGCGGAGCUUCAAAAGUAUCAGUAUUUAGAACAGAAAAUGAAAUCGAAAAUCGGACGACAGGGCCCUUUUGUUGACGUAAAGAGUAUGGUUGCUGACUUCCGCCAACAAAAUCCCGUUGUAUUUCCUCGAGUUGGUAAACGUAUUAAAACCAUCGAUGGUAAUUACAGCGUUAGAGCUUUAAGUACGCCGCCAAAUUGCAUUGACGCCAAUAACAUGUAUAUAGAGUCGUCAUAUAACUGCAAUGGGACCAAUUAUACACCAACGUUAGAAAAAUUGCUGAGUACAUCGUCGCGCAAUAACAGCUCUUUACACAGCAAACCGAAUGCUCCAGCAACCCAAGGUUUUAAAUUUAAUACAGAAAGCCAAAAAAGUUACUAUCGACUGCAGAGUGAUAGUGGUUGUAAUGAAAUUUCUAUAACGCCGGUGAAUUGCAUUAACCGCUACCAACAAAGAAUACAAAAUUCCAAAUCGGGACUACUAAGAACGGCACUAGAUGUGAAUUCGCAGCAUAACGCUUACUAUGAUGUGUCGGAUUAUGUAAAAUCAUCACACAAAGCUAUGCGCAAUAUGCACAACAGUGAUUUACAAUUGUGUCAAGAGUGUAAAAUGCAUGAGGCGCGCUUUGUUUGUGCUGGUUGUGGCAAUCAAUGGUAUUGUAGCAGAGAGUGUCAGGUUACUGCUUGGGAUAAACAUUCGGAUGUGUGCAGUGAGUGAAUCCGGCAACAAGGUUUCAUUCCAAAGUGACGUCGUAAACAUUUAUGUGUUUUUUUCAUAAUAAUAUAAAUAUGUAUGUCAUUAGCUUAUAGAAUUUCAGAUUAUUUCCUAAAGUUUUCAUGACUAAAUGGCAUCUUACACUAAAAAAAUUAAAUAAACACAAAACCAUAUAACAUUAAAAUAAA